AUGAAUUGCACAAAUACGAAAAAAAGAAAACGAACGAAAUUAGAAUGUUUGGCAUGUGGAAGUAUAUUUGAUGAUGAUUAUAGAAAAAAACAUGAAACUAAACAACAUGAGGGUAAAAGAGUUUUAGUGAAGCAUGUUGGAGCCCCAGAAAAUCCAUUUAUAGCUGCGGCUAGGCUAAAGCAAGUGACAGAAUCGGAAAAGACUUUUGCCAAAAAGAAUUGA